AUGUCGAUUAAUAAACAAAUUGUUGAUAUUGCUAACUCCUCUUUAUCUGAGAUAGGGAAGGUUGAACACUUGCGAGAUCUAAUAAACGAAGAAAACUAUAAGGAGGUUCCAUUCGAUACAUCUGAUGAGAUCCAUAUAGUGGCUACAUUGUUUAAGCUUGAGUUACUCCUUUCUAGUAAUGAAAUAAUUCCUGAUUCAAUAGAUGACGUCUUUAGUUCUGUGGUUGCAGCUGUACCCUUCGUUAAAAAUAAAGGUAUAAAUUCCGAGGAGUAUUUGAAAGCAUUUAUUAAGGUUAAAUACCAUGAUAUAUAUGGAGACUAUCAGCUCAUUACCGGGCUGUACUAUGAUAGCAUAAUAGAUUGCGUUAAUAAGAAGGUUCUAUUGGCUAAUAGCAUACAGAGCAACUUUGAUCAAUUGUUAAAUCAGAUCAAUCUGAAAUCUUUGGAGUUGUUAAUUAUCUCAGGCUACGACUUCAGAAAGGAUAUUGUCUUGGACUUCUUAGAUAAAAGUGUAGAUUGGAAUGGUGUUAAUGAUGUGACAAAGCGUAUAUAUGAGCUAAUUACGAACAAAAGACUCGUCUCGAUCGAGCUUUUUGACAGCUUUUUGAAGAACAUUCAGUUUGCAGUGUUCAUUAGGCGGCUUAAUUAUGAUGAUUUGGUGAAAAAUGUUUUGGAGAAUAAUAUCUUCAAUUUAUCGAAAUACUAUAAAGCAAUCAACAUCUCUAAAGUGAGCUUUCUCUUGAAUGCUGAUAGGAAAAUUGAAGAUUUGAUAAUAGAAAUGAUCAUAAGUAACAAAUUGCCCCCCAAUUCCAAAAUUGACCAAGCUCAGAACUUAUUAUUAUUUGGUGACACCAGAAUCAAUAAUGACUUGAAUAGCUUGAACAACCAUGUGAAAGAAGUUGGCGAGAUAAUCGACCAGGUACUUCAACUUGUUAGCGAUGCUUAG